UCACGUGGGUUUGUUAUUACAGGAAGUAAAGAUGGCGGUGCAGUCCUUGCUGUCCGAAUCUGUCAUCGGAUGGUCGAUUUUCACUCUUAUUCUUCUGGUAAUUCUGGCAUUCUGUUGGAUCUACAUUCGGAAGUUUCAAAGUCGGCAGGACAGUGAAGUUAUUUCAACUGUCACAGCAAUAUGUGCGCUGGCCAUUGCUUUGAUAACGUCCGCACUUCUACCAGUGGACAUAUUCCUUGUGUCGUACAUGAAGUAUCCCAACGGCACCUAUAAGGAAUGGGCAACAAAUAAUGAAACACGAGAUCACAUCGAAGCCACCGUGCUCUAUGGGUACUACACUCUUUACUCCAUCAUACUGUUCUGCGUCUUCCUAUGGAUCCCCUUUGUUUAUUUCUACUAUGAAGAAAAAGAUGACGACAACACAAACAAGUGCUUGCAAGUGAAAAACGCUCUGAAGUACACAGUUGGAUUCGUCAUUGUCUGCGUGGUGCUCCUUUUAAUUGGAGCAUUUAUUCCUAUUCAGGCCCCAUCUAAUCAGAAUUCCACUCAGUGGGAAAAGGUGCAGUACCUUUUUGAGGAGCUUGGCAGUAAACAUGGUUUGCCAGCUCUGUCUUUCUCCAUCAGCUCCUUGACCCUGAUUGGCAUGUUGGCAGUGAUCACUUACACGGCAUAUGGAAUGUCUGUUUUGCCUUUGAAUCUGAUAAAAGGCACACGGAGUGUUGCCUAUGAACGCCUGGAGAACACAGAGGACAUUGAUGAUGUUGAGCAUCAGAUAGAAAAUCUGAAAGCCAAGUGUAAAGAUGGACGUCCUCUGUCCUCAAAGGACAGACGCAACCUGGAGGACUUGGAGGGCAAACUCCAGCUCCUCCGGCGCAGAGGAAGACACCUGGACAUUGCAGAGAGGAACUGCUGRGCUAAACUUGGCAGAGCUUUCAGACCGAUCAAGAUCGUACUGGGCAUUUUCUUCAUCCUGGUUGCAAUGCUCUUUAUUGUUGCCCUGUUCAUUUCUAAUUUGGAUAAAGCCCUUCACUCUGCUGGCAUCAGCUAUGGGUUUAUAAUUUUUGGCACCAACCUAACCAAUCCUCUGAACGAACUUCUGUUAGCCUUGCAACCUGUUUUCCCACUAGAUUAUAUCCUGAUCACCAUCAUCACCAUGUACUUUGUGCUAACAUCUAUGGCAGGCAUUCGCAACUUGGGCAUCUGGUUCCUUUGGAUAAGAUUGUACAAAAUACGRCCCAAGAGAACACGUCCUCAAGCUCUUCUGAUCCUCUGCAUGAUUCUCCUUCUGAUUGUCCUACACACCAGCUACAUGAUCUACAGUCUGGCCCCACAAUAUGUCAUGUACGGCAGCCAGAAGUAUGUUGCACAGAGCCAGGUGCCCACACCAAGUCCCAUGUCUGGAAAUGGCACCACAAGGAUAUGUGAUGCAGAAGCACCUACGGAUCAGUGCAUUAUGACAAGAUCCUACCUUUUCCUCCACAAGUUCUGGUUCUUCAGCACCAUCUACUACUUUGGGAACUGGGUCUUUAUUGGUACUUUCCUCAUUGGUUUGGUGGUGUCAUGCUGCAGAGGGAAGAAGUCAGUGAUCGAAGGAGAGGUGGAGGCUGAUGACUCAGACAUAAGCGAUGAUGAAUAUGUGCACUGAAAAUAAAAUAAAAUAAAAUAAGCUCCUGUAGAUAUUGUAGCCAUAACUUAAAGGAACUAGAAAGUCCACUUAAACAAAUAAAAUCCCGUGAUUAGUCUAAACUGAAUCUAUUGUUUUAAAGGAGUUAUUGCGGCUACAUCUCCUAGAUUCCAGCCUCGUUUUGAGUUCCUCCCCAUUAAUGAGACGGCUCGGAUCAAUCGCUGUGUCGUCCUCAAUCGAUGUUAUUCAUGACUUGGGGAUUCUGGGAGAGUCCUCCAACAUGAUGCCACCCUGAGAAUUUUAAAAUUGACCAGGCUGACACAAAUUGGUUAUUGGUUCUACUGCCCACGGCAGCAGGGUUAUAUGCUGUUCUAAAACAUCACAUUGGUAGAGGUACCUUCUAGACCCUUUAACUGGUGUAACGAUAGCUACAGUUUGCUUCAAUAUGUUUGAAGCCAUCAAACACUACUUCAAAAAAAAGCUGCUUGUUAUGAAAAUAAUGAUUCCUAAGUAUUGACAGUUUAAACACUUUAAAUGUGUUUUUGCUUUUCUUUUAGAUUGUACAUUCUUUGAGUGGACUGGGUUCCUUUUUUUUCUUCAUCUCCAGUUAUUUGCAGGUUAUUAUGUAAAUAAAUAUUGCAGCACCUGCAAACUUUCUUUAAGUAUGUAAAAUAUAAAAUACAGCCACAUCAGUUUCAGCAUUUUUAGUUUUUUUUUUUUUUUUUUUGGUUUGAAGCAGUUUUUAAUUAUUUGACUUCAACGAUGGCUUUCUCUCAAUGUUGGGAGUAAAAAAAGGAGCGAAGUAGAAAAAAAAUCAAAGAUAUGGAUGUGAGUUUUCCUUUUAAUUAAAAGGUACUUUUCAUGUUUGCCAAUGCUAGAGUUGAUCAGCUGCAGGUACGUGACAUAGAGCUGUAAAGGCUUCUGCUAGUCAUGGAGAGUUUAUUUUUAAUUGUUUUUGUCUUUAUUUAUGGCAUUCAUGAAUACAAAAUGAUUUAUUUUUGAAUGUAAUGUGUUUGUGCCUCAUCACUGUGAUCUGCUAUGAUGUGCACUCACACCACUGUUUGUGUUAACCUCUUUAGAAAUAAGCUUCAUUUACGAUCACUGUCAAGUUGUGUUCAUCUCAUGCCUGUAUUUAAAGGAACAAUAAAAAAAAUCAAACAUCUGUA